AUGUCUGCCCCCCAGAGCGAAGCUUUCAAGCAGGCUGUCAUCGACAGCAAGAAGCUUACCGCCAAGCCCAGCAACGACGAGCUCCUUGAGCUCUACGGCCUCUAUAAGGUCGGCACCGGCGAGGACAUCUCCACUGCCGCCAAGCCUGGCAUGUUUGACCUCAAGGGCAAGGCAAAGCAGAGCGCGUGGCAGAAGGUUGUCGACGAAGGCACUACCCCUGAGCAGGCCCAGGAGAAGUACGUCACUCUCGUCAACAGCCUCAAGGAGAAGUACGGCUACGACGCCAACAAAGAGCCCGAGGCUGUUGGCGCCUAA